AAUUUUAGAACUGAGGAUCAAUUACUAGAAUCGAAUCGUUGGUGACGACCUCGACGAUUCUCCAGCCUCCUGCGUCCAAGCCCUAAAUCAUUUUGUUUUGAUUUUCUCGAAAUUGUAAGUCGAUUGGGUUUGGGCCUUGUCAUCAUAAGAUAGAAGAAGAUGGUGAGCGUGGUGAGAAGUUGCUUACAAUCGGUGUUGAAGUUCGUGAAUUCUCUGAUAGGGAUGGUUGGGAUCGCCAUGAUUUUGUUUUCAGUCUGGUUAAUUAGGUCUUGGCAGAGUCACACUGGUGAUUGGCCCUUUCCUGCCCCUGAUCAUCCCGCUCCAUGGUUCAUUUACACUUUGCUUGGCCUUGGAGUCACUUUGUGUGUGAUCACAUGCUCAGGUCAUGUAGCUGCUGAAACUGCAAAUGGUUGUUGCCUUUAUAUUUAUAUGAUGUUCGUCUUCUUGCUUCUUAUGCUGGAGGCUGGAGUUAUUGCUGAUGUAUUUCUAAACCCCAACUGGGAGGAGGACUUUCCAGAAGAUCCAAGUGGCAGUUUUGAUCAGUUUAAGCACUUCGUUCAGUCAAACUUUGAGAUCUGCAAAUGGGUAUGCCUUUCAAUUCUGUCCAUACAGGGACUAUCUUUUUUAUUGUCAAUGAUACUCAAAGCUCUUGGACCGCAUAGAUAUUAUGACACCGACGAUGAAUAUUAUUCUUCUGAAAGGGUUCUUCUCUUGAACAGUGAUGUUGUUAAUCCCCCACAUUAUGUUGUUGGAGACCCUGUCUAUGGAUCCAGAAAAGAUGCAUGGAGUAUAAGGAUUAAUGACAAGAUAAACAGGUGAUUGGAUCAACGCAAGAAUGGUUGGGCGUGUGAAUGUACAAGCAAGCAAAACGAACAGCGGAGUUUGAAGACUAAAAAGAUGUGUACAUUUUCGUUCCCUGCCAACUUUUAUACGUAAAGAGUACUUGUGAAUGUGCAAAGUUUCCUAUGCUAUUGAUCUUAACAGUUUAGUAUAUAUACUGAUGCUA